GUUGAUUUCUAUGUUUUCCUGUUUUGCAGGACAUUGUGUGUGUGUGUGUGAGUGAGAGUGUGUGUGUGUGUGUGUGAAAGCUGUAACGCUGUGCUGAUGGAGCAGUGUGCUUGUGUGGAACGAGAGCUGGAGAAGGUGCUACACAGGUUUGUCACAUAUGGACAUCAGUCAGAAGAAAGGCUGGAUGAACUCCUGAGGAACGUCUGUGAGCUGAGAAGUCAAUUGGUUGCCUAUGGUGUUCAAGAUGCAGAUUUGUCAGUGCUCCAUCAAACAAUGGCCCAGUGCUGCAAGGAAAUCAAAGAAACCGUGCAGAUGCUUGCCUCCAGGCACAAGGACAUCCAUGGCAGUGUGUCAAAAGUGGGCAAAGCAAUUGACAGAAAUUUUGAUGCGGAGGUGAGUGCAGUUGUAGCUGAGAAUGUCUGGGACUCUCAAGAGAGGCAGAAAUAUCUCAGUGAAACCAUCGUAGAACAUCUUUAUCGACAAGGCAUGCUGAGUGUUGCAGAGGAUCUCUGUCAAGAGUCUGGUGUAGUAAUUGACAUGAGCAUGAAACAGCCAUUUCUGGAGCUCAACCGCAUUUUAGAGGCUUUAAGAACACAAGAUCUCAGACCAGCUUUAGAGUGGGCGGUGACAAACCGUCAGCGGCUGCUGGAUCUAAACAGCACCCUUGAGUUCAAGCUCCACAGACUCUACUUCAUCAGCCUGCUCAACGGGGGCAUCAGCAAACAGCAGGAAGCUUUACAGUACGCACGGCAUUUCCAACCGUUUGCCUCGCAGCAUCAGAGAGAUAUUCAGAUCUUAAUGGGUAGUCUAGUGUACCUCCGCCACGGGAUUGAGAACUCUCCGUACCGCAGUCUGCUGGAGACGGAUCAGUGGGCAGACAUCUGUAACAUCUUCACACGAGAUGCUUGCUCUCUUCUUGGACUCUCUGUGGAGUCCCCACUCAGUGUCAGUUUUGCGUCCGGCUGUAUGGCGCUGCCGGUGCUCAUGAACAUCAAACAGGUUAUUGAACAGAGACAGUGCAGUGGUGUUUGGACGCAUAAGGAUGAGCUGCCAAUUGAAAUAGAUCUGGGGAAGAACUGCUGGUAUCACUCUGUGUUUGCCUGUCCUAUCCUGAGGCAGCAGACAUCAGAGAGCAAUCCACCCAUGAAGCUCAUCUGUGGGCAUGUCAUAUCCAGAGACGCGCUUAACAAACUCACCAAUGCUGGAAAGCUUAAAUGCCCAUAUUGUCCAAUGGAGCAGAAUCCCUCAGAUGCCAAACAGGCCUUCUUCUGAUGUCUUUUUUCGGAGCGUAGCUGAAAGUCGUGUUAAAGGCUUCUUGGAGCCGCUUUUCGAAUGAUCCUCAUUCACAGGCUUGACAAGCCUUCGGUGGUGGCUUCUCCCCCGCAAAACAAACACCUCCCUCUCCAAAGCUUUUAGUUUACAGAGGCAAUGGCCACGGCAACAUACCUGUAGAACCUGAGGCAGUAAGUGUACCUAACAAGGAAAAUGAUAUUUGCGGAUCAUUCGUCUGUUAACAGCCUAGUAUGAACAGGCUUUUACAAGAACGUAUAUGUGUGUGCAUUUCGCUUCCUCUCCAUUUGUUUUAAUUGCAGAGUAUUUUUUAAGUUUCCAUGGUAUAACGUCUCUCUUUUUCUUUCUUUGUGACUCUUAUUAAGCGAAUAGGCGUGAUGCAUCUGUGUGGGUGACUUCUUGCCGGAAUAUAUUCAUGGUUUCCUCUUUUGAGAUCACAUUUAAAUACAUGAACGGGGAUUCUUCACACGUGUACAUGGUAGAAAUGGCUUUUCAGUGUGUAUAUUAAGAGUGACAUAAGGACUGGUGGAUUAUAAAUGAAUCGCGUCUCUCUUUCCAGUAUAGUAAAGGCGUAAUUGGAUCGAAUGGCGUUUUGAUUAGUGUGUCAGUGUGAAUAUUCAUCAGAAAUCUGAGGAUUUGUUUGUGCAGAUUGUGAUCUUGUUCCUUGCACCCGUCUGAUGUCUGAGAAAACCUCCUUGUCCAAGCCAUGUGUCUUGCUCUGUGUAUUUAAAGAAAUAAAAUAAUAAUUUUUAAUUAA